ACAUGACACCCCGGCCCCGCCCACUGACGCAGCGUGUGGGCGGGGCGGCCCAUGCGCGGUGCCAAGGGCAACAUGGCGGCGCUGCGGGUGCUCGGGAGGCUCCGGGCACCUUCGGGGCUGCGGGCGGCGGCGCCGCUGGGCCCGGCCCCGGCGCGGUCGGCGCGGCAGUGGCAGCCCGAUGUGGAGUGGGCCCAGCAGUUCGCCGGCGCCGUCAUGUACCCGAGCAAGGAGACGGAGAAGUGGGUCCCGCCGCCCUGGAACGACAAGGACCCUCUGGCGCACAAGAAGGUGUCCAGCCUGACCAUCAACUUCGGGCCGCAGCACCCGGCGGCGCACGGCGUCCUGCGGCUGGUGAUGGAGCUGAGCGGGGAGACGGUGAAGAAAUGCGACCCCCACGUGGGGCUCCUGCACCGCGGCACCGAGAAGCUCAUCGAGUACAAGACGUAUCUGCAGGCGCUGCCGUAUUUCGACCGCCUGGACUACGUGUCCAUGAUGUGCAACGAGCAGGCGUAUUCGCUGGCCGUGGAGAAGCUGCUCAACAUCCGCCCCCCCCUGCGCGCGCAGUGGAUCCGAGUUCUCUUUGCAGAGAUAACGCGGCUGCUGAACCACAUCAUGGCGGUGACCACGCACGCGUUGGACAUCGGCGCCAUGACCCCCUUCUUCUGGAUGUUUGAGGAGAGGGAGAAGAUGUUCGAGUUCUACGAGCGCGUCUCGGGCGCGCGGAUGCACGCCGCCUACAUCCGCCCCGGCGGGGUGCACCAGGACCUGCCCCUGGGGUUGAUGGACGAUAUCUACGAGUUCGUCAAGAAUUUCUCCACGCGGAUCGAUGAAGUGGAGGAGAUGCUGACGAACAACCGCAUCUGGAAGAACCGCACGGUUGACAUUGGUGUGAUCACAGCGGAGGAGGCGCUCAACUACGGCUUCAGUGGGGUGAUGCUGCGGGGCUCAGGGAUCCAAUGGGACCUACGCAAGACCCAGCCGUACGACGUCUACGACCAGGUGGAGUUUGACGUCCCCAUCGGCACCCGCGGCGACUGCUAUGACAGGUACCUGUGCCGCGUGGAGGAGAUGCGGCAGUCGCUGCGCAUCAUCCUGCAGUGCCUCAACAAGAUGCCCGAGGGGGAGAUCAAGGUGGACGAUGCCAAAAUCUCCCCACCAAAGCGGGCGGAGAUGAAGACGUCCAUGGAAUCGCUGAUCCACCACUUCAAGCUCUACACCGAGGGCUACCAGGUGCCCCCCGGAGCCACCUACACGGCCAUCGAGGCCCCCAAGGGUGAAUUCGGCGUGUACCUGGUGUCUGACGGCAGCAGCCGCCCGUACCGCUGCAAGAUCAAGGCGCCGGGAUUUGCACACCUGGCUGGACUGGAUCGCAUGGCCCGGGGCCACAUGCUGGCGGACGUGGUGGCCAUCAUCGGCACACAGGACAUCGUCUUCGGGGAGGUGGAUCGGUGACACCCCCGGGUCUCCUGCUGCGUGUGCAACCCCCCCGUUAUUGAGUUCAAUAAAGACUAAAUCGUG